GUAAAGGGAGUGAGGGCAAGAACUUAAAACUCUUGUGACAACCUAGGAAGGAGAAUGGGUGUGUGUUUGUGUGCAUGGGAGAGAGAGCAGGAGAGUAAGAGUUAGAAACAAGGGCAGUGUUAGUUUCACAGACAUACAGAGCACAUGUUGUGAAGAAAAAUGCCUACUAACUUCACAGUGGUUCCAGUGGAGGAUUGUAAUGCUUCAGGUGAUAAUAACCCAGAGGAGGAGAGGCGAGAACUUUUAUUUGGACCUUCUUUAGGUGAUGAAACUCCUGGAGAGGACAAUCCCUUUCUCACCGUUUCUGACCAUGACAGGAGCUGUGAUGGGAAAAACAUGGCACUCUUUGAGGAAGAAAUGGACAGUACCCCAAUGGUGUCGGCCCUCCUCAACAAGCUGGCCAAUUAUACCAACCUUACUCAGGGGGUUGUGGAUCAUGAGAAAGCUGAGAGUGAGGAUGGGGUUAAAAGGGUUGCCGUCAAGGGUCCUCCAAUGGGCACAUUUAUUGGUGUGUUCCUGCCCUGUGUGCAGAACAUCUUGGGCGUGAUUUUGUUUCUGCGCCUCACCUGGAUUGUAGGCACAGCUGGAAUUUUAGGGUCCUUUGCCAUUGUCUUCAUGUGCUGUGCAUGUACUUUACUGACAGCAAUAUCUAUGAGUGCUAUUGCCACUAAUGGAAUGGUGCCAGCUGGUGGCUCAUAUUACAUGAUCUCCAGGGCACUGGGUCCAGAGUUUGGAGGUGCUGUUGGUUUAUGCUUCUACCUCGGUACAACCUUUGCUGGAUCCAUGUACAUACUGGGCACCAUGGAGAUCCUUUUGAUGUACAUAGUGCCAAAUGGAGCCUCUUUUGAGGACCAGCUGAAUAACAUGCGGGUGUAUGGAACAUGCUGCUUGGCCCUCAUGGCUCUAGUGGUGUUUGUUGGGGUCAGGUAUGUGAAUAAACUGGCACUGGUCUUUCUUUCCUGUGUGAUUCUCUCCAUUAUGGCCAUCUAUGCUGGAGUCAUCAGGACUGCCAUCAGCCCUCCAGAUUUCCAAAUCUGUUUGCUGGGUAACCGCACGCUAAAAAAUAUUGAAUUUGACAAAUGCAUGAAGACAGAAGUGAUCAACAACAUAACCUACACAACAGACCUGUGGAAGCUGUUCUGUAAUUCGUCUUUCCUCAAUGCAACAUGUGAUGAAUACUUCACCCAGAACAAUUUGACAGAGAUCAAGGGCAUCCCAGGCCUGUUAAGUGGAGUUAUUAAAGAAAACUUAUGGGGAGAUUAUGGACCCAGUGGGAUGCUGUUAGAGAAUAAGAACCAGGUGCAAUUUCCAGCAGAGAAUAUCAGAGAGUCAGAAAAUAUCAAAGAAAACUUGCCUUAUAUCUACAAUGACAUCACCACUUUCUUCACAAUGAUGGUGGGCAUCUACUUCCCCUCAGUCACAGGGAUCAUGGCAGGAUCAAACCGGUCUGGAGAUCUGAGAGAUGCUCAGAGGUCUAUUCCCUUCGGCACCAUUAUGGCAAUCAUUACCACUUCCAUCAUCUAUAUUUCUUGUGUGGUCUUGUUUGGGGCUUGCAUGGAGGGAGUGUUAUUGAGAGAUAAGUUUGGGCUCUCUGUGAAAGGAAGCCCGGUGAUAGGCACUCUGGCUUGGCCUUCACCUUGGGUGAUUGUUAUUGGCUCCUUCUUUUCUUGCUGUGGUGCAGGACUACAGAGUCUCACUGGCGCCCCCAGGCUUCUGCAUGCCAUUGCACAUGAUGGAAUUAUUCCCUUCCUACAGGUAUUUGGUCACAGUAAAUCCAAUGGUGAGCCAACCUGGGCAUUGCUGCUAACCAUAGGAAUCUGUGAAAUUGGGAUUCUUAUAGCUUCUGUGGAUGCUGUUGCUCCCAUUCUUUCAAUGUUUUUCUUGAUGUGCUACCUCUUUGUAAACUUGGCUUGUGCUAUCCAAACACUCCUGCGUACCCCAAACUGGAGACCGAGGUUUAAAUUCUAUCACUGGAGUCUUUCGGUCCUGGGCAUGACUCUUUGUCUCUCUCUUAUGUUUGUUUCAUCCUGGUAUUAUGCCCUGGUGGCUAUGCUGAUUGCAGGAUGUAUAUAUAAAUAUAUUGAAUACAGAGGUGCAGAGAAGGAGUGGGGUGAUGGAAUCAGAGGGCUAUCCUUAAAUGCUGCACGAUAUGCACUUAUCAAGUUAGAAGAAGCACAACCCCACACCAAGAACUGGAGGCCCCAGCUCCUGGUGUUACUGAAUCUUGACUCUGAUUUGACGGUGAAGCACCCACGACUGCUUUCUUUCACAUCUCAGCUGAAGGCUGGGAAAGGCCUGACCAUUGCAUCUUCAGUGCUGCAGGGAACCUAUAUGACCCGAAGUGCUGACGCCAAACGUGCAGAAACAAAUGUCAAGAAAUCCAUGUUAGAGGAGAAAACAAAGGGCUUCUGUCAUGUUGUGGUUUGCUCUAACUUGAGAGAUGGUUUCUCCAACUUGAUCCAGUCAGCUGGUCUGGGAGGCAUGAAGCACAAUUCUGUCAUGAUGGCAUGGCCCAGCAACUGGAGACAGGCUGAGGAUACAACCUCCUGGAAAAACUUUAUUGAGACAGUGAGAGAGACGACUGCUGCACACCAGGCCCUGCUUGUGGCAAAGAACAUUGACCUUUUUCCAAGCAACACAGAGCGUCUGGCUGAGGGCACCAUUGAUGUGUGGUGGAUUGUUCAUGAUGGAGGACUGCUCAUGCUGCUUCCAUUCCUGCUCCGCCAGCACAAGGUGUGGAAAAAAUGUAAGAUGCGCAUCUUUACUGUGGCACAGCUGGAUGACAACAGCAUUCAGAUGAAAAAGGACCUGCAAGUUUUCAUGUAUCAGCUGCGCCUUAAUGCUGAUGUGGAGGUGGUGGAGAUGCAUGAGAGUGAUAUCUCAGCAUUUACCUACGAAAGAACCUUAGUGAUGGAGCAGCGUUCUCAAAUGCUAAAACAGAUGCAGCUGUCCAAAACCGAGAGGGAACGAGAGAUUCAAAGCAUUACAGAUGAAUCCAGGAGCUCCAUCAAAAGAAAGAGCCGCCCAAAAGGCCCGUCUCCUAACACUUUACAAGUGCCUGGCACGGACAAUUUAGAGCACGAGGCUCACAUGUUUCAUGAAAGGAAUUCAAAGAGCCAUGGUAGCCACCAAGAAGGAAACAGCCCUGAAUCUCAUCAAGUCCACAUGACCUGGACGAAAGAGAAAUAUGCUGCUGAGAGGCACCGUCAUCGUGAGGCUAGCGCAUGUGUACGGGAUAUCUUCAACAUGAAACCAGAGUGGGAGCACCUAAACCAGUCCAAUGUCAGAAGAAUGCACACUGCAGUGAAACUGAAUGAAGCUGUGGUCAACAAAUCCCAGGAUGCCCACCUUGUCUUACUGAAUAUGCCUGGACCACCCAAAAAUAAGGGUGGUGAUGAGAACUACAUGGAGUUUUUGGAGGUGUUAAUGGAGGGUUUGGAGCGAGUACUGCUUGUACGCGGUGGAGGAAGAGAGGUCAUCACCAUCUACUCUUAGCUCACAGCAGAAAUGACUAGCUCUCAGGGAAGGUUUAGAAAAAAGAAAAGAAAUAAAAAUAAAAUUCUUUGAACCACAUUGGGACAGACAGCGAGACCUGUAUAGAAAUACCUCAUUUGGUGAAACAUUUCUUUAAUCUAUUCUUAGAAGCAUUUAUUUAUAUUUAGAUAAUAACAAUAGGGAAUACAGCAUAAAUGUUCAUGUUCUAUUCAGUGGCCCCUUCACUAACAGCUGUAUCUCAAUGUUAAGUUCAGUUAGAUUUAGUCCAGUAUGUUUUAAGAAGGUGUCAUUGAACUGAUGCUGCGGUUCAUUUUAUAUAUACAUUAUACACAAGUGUUUGUGGAAGGCUUGUUGUGAAUCUAAUAGAGCCUUCUGCCCUACUUGUAUUGUAGUAUAAAAGUCUUUUAUACUAAAAUAAAAGUGGGACACUUGCUACUCAUAAUUUAUGCUAUAAGAAGCGAACCACAUAUUAACAAUAUACAUCUUACACAGUGUGACCCAUAGAGUACUCUCAAGACUUUUCCAGAUUAUAAUUUCCUCCUGAUUCUCACUGAUCGUAAGGAAGUGUUCAUUUCUGAUACAAAAAAUACCAACUACCAAACAUUUUAAAAUGGUGAUUUCACAUUAAAUCAAUCAACAUUUAAAAUAGUUGACACGUAACAAAAGGCUUUUCUGGUAAUUCCAAAUAAUAUCAAUGCCCUAAAUUGAUGGGGGGUUGAUACUAAAUCUUAAUAUUAUAUAUUAAGAUUCGUUAUAUUGCAUUAUGUUUUAUGUUCUAGGGUUUGUGAUGUUAUAUUGUGUUCUGUAAGGCAAUCCAGUUAAUGGUGUUGCCAUUUGAAGUGUUUAAUACUGAAGUGUUUUUCCGUUGUUCAGUAUAACGUGCUGCUAUUUUAAUAGGAAAAUGUUUGUUCCUAUUGGCUCUCAGAGUGUGCCAUUUCCUCACAAGAAGAGCCUCAUUAUAUAAUCCAUUUAAAUGUUCAGUAUGAUGACUGAAUGAUGUUCAUGGUGGUGCAUGUUGUGCGCUUGUACCCAUAUGUUUGUGAGAAAUCAGCAGUGAAGAUGAUGAUGGUAUAGCAAACAUUCAGUCACCAUUUAGACGAACAAUAUAUUUGUAACUAGUUUAAGUAAGUAAUAGAUUCAUUCGAGCAUAUAAAUUGUAGCAUAGAGAAAUAUGUACAUAGAGCAAACUGUACAUAGAGAAAUCUGUACAUAGAUGCAACAUCAAUUAACUUAAAAGAAGUAUGGCUUGAUUUAUUAAGAGAUGGCCUUCAAGCGAUUCCUGUCUUCAUUUUUAGUCAGUACUAUGGCUUAUUAAUUUUUGUGAAACUUGUGUAAAUUAGUUUUUAAUUAUAUUUGUAUUGCAUUCCCGAACUCAUCACAUUAUGUCUAUUUUCAGUUUAAUUAAACCUCCUUUUUAUAUUUAUUGCAUUUUUAAUUACUUACCAAACAUAAACCUACAGAUGAAUGUGUUAAACAUGCCUUUCUCCCAAUAAACUCACUGGAUUGAGCUAUGU